AUGGAUUUGGAAUCUGUGUUGACUAGCAUUCGCAAUGUGUGGGACAAGCUGCAGGCUUUUGGAGCCUCAUGUGGCGCGACCACGAAACAAUCUCGCAGAGAGGAGGUUGGACUGACUCACGUAUUCGUUCUGCAUCCUCUCGAUUCUGAACAUCCAGAGGCUACACGAUCCACGCAGAGAGGUGCUCGUUUGCUUCAUGAAGGUCGUGCAGAUGAGUCCAUUCGAGAGUUGCACGAUGCUAGGGAACUGGCUCCGCUCAGCCACGUUGCCUGCAGUAACCUCGGUUGCGCCUACCAGACCAAGAAUGAUGACCGAGCAGCCCUGUACUGGUACCGUGAGGCCCACAGACUAGAUGCUCAAGAUGAAAUUGCAACAUUUGCUCUCGCUCUGCUUGAACAACGGCGUGGGCAGGCUGAAGAGGCACGUCGCUUACUUGUCGGCUUUCUGCAGAGGGUGGAUUCUGCCCAUGUUGGGGCUUUGCGUCAGCUUGGGCGGCUGCACCAGCGCGAAUGUCACUGGUCACAGGCUGCAGGUUGUUUCCAUCGUCUGAUAGCAGUGGACCCCACAAACGACGAAUGGCCAGCGCAACUCCAAGUUUGUUUGGACCAGCUGGAGAUCAAGGAGCUCAUUGCUGCGAUAAGUUCUGCCCACAGACAGCUUUUGCUGUGCGAGGAUGGCACUGGACAGGCCCGCUGCAAAAGCAGAAACUAUGAUCUUUCAGGUGUCCGCAGCUUUUGGCCACCUGUAAGCUUGACUGCUCAUCAGGCAAAUGCGACUUGCCUAGACUUGCAUAAUGCUGCAACUAGUUUUGUCGCUCUCCUCUUUGAACCAGAAGAUCAUGCAAGUCACCUUCUGCCUGAGAUGUCGAGGCCUUCCGUCACAAACUGUCAUGGGAAGACCCAGGCAAAAGCCGAACAACAGCCGCCGUGCUCAAAAUCAGAUCAGAAGAGCUGCAAGACCGCAACUUACCGGAAGACCGGCUUUUUAGCGCAGGCAGCUGCCUGCGGUAUCUUCAAAGUUCUUUCUUGUUGA